AUGAGGGUAGUGUGGCUGGAGGUGAGGGCAGUGUGGCUGAAGGUGAGGACAGUCCAAUCACCACCAUCUUCACCACCACCAAAACCACCAUCACUAGCACCAUCAUCACCACCACCAUCCUCACCACCACCAUCAUCACCACAAUCAUCAUCACCACCACCAUCAUCACCACCACCAUCCUCACCACCAUCAUCACCAUCAUCACCACAACCAUCAUCACCACCACCAUCAUCACCACCACCAUCCUCACCACCAUCAUCACCACAACCAUCAUCACCACCACCACCAUCACUAGCAACACCAUCCUCACCACCACCAUCACCACCACCACCACCAUCACCACCACCACCAGCAUCACCACCACCACCAUCAUCACCACCACCACCACCCUCACCAACACCACCAUCACCACCACCACCAUCAUCACCACCACCAUCAUCACCACAACCACCACCAUCAUCACCACAGCCAUCGUCACCACAACCACCACCAUCAUCACCACAACCACCAUCCCUAGCAGCACCAUCAUCACCACCACAACCAUCCUCACCACCACCAUCACCACCACCAUCAUCAUCCCAUCAUCACUAG